CCGGCGGCUAGUCCGCCGCGGCCCUGUGCGCUAUCCAGCAGCACCCGGUGAGUGUGCAGACCAAAUAGCCCGCGUGUGUGUCCCUACGUUUCGAUAUUGUGCCGCGUUGUCUUCGUCCACUACACGCAACUCUCGAUCGCCGUCACCGGUUUACCCGCUGUGUGCGUACCGCCGUCGACGUGGUCGUCGACAUGUGGUGGUGCUGUCGUCGUGGGUUUAGUCAACGCCACCGGCAACGGUACGGCUGCCGUACAUGAACUCUGCGUGUCCACAUUACAUAUAGCACACAAUGGCGGACUGACCAAUGUAUUAUAUCAGAUUUGGUGAAAGGGUAUCGUCGGGCGGUGGUCCGCGCUGAUGUCUGGCCGCAAUUGGGAUGGAGGCGGCGGCCGCGGCGGGAUAGAGUCCGAGGACGAUGAUGCCGGUAUCGGUCUCAUGUCCGGCGUCCACGCCGUUGUCCAGGCAGAAUCGUCGUUCGGCGGUACCCGGAGUCCGCCCAGCACGUCCGCGGCGUGCGGCGACCGGGCUGCCUCCGGCGCCAAGCACAUGCUCGUAUGGAACCAACUGGAACUGGACGAACUGUCCACCACCGAGAACCACAACGGCUACAGUCAUCGACCAGUUUCGUCUAAAGCAUGGAUAGGGGCUCGUCAUGUUGUGACGUUCAUGUUAUUCUUGGGAAUGGCCAAUGCCUAUAUAAUGAGAACCAACAUGUCUGUAGCUAUUGUGGCUAUGGUGAAUCAAACGGCGCUGGAAAGGGAUCCAACCAUUCCAGAUGACGAAUGUGAAGGAUAUUAUACUCCACCCGCUAACUCUACUAUAAGUAAUGUAUCUAAUGAAGGAUCAUUUGCAUGGAGUACGUCCCAACAGGGUUACGUGCUCAGUUCCUUCUUUUAUGGUUAUGUCAUAACGCAGAUACCAUUCGGUAUAUUGUCAAAGAAAUAUGGCGCCAAAUAUUUUCUGGGAAUCGGUAUGCUCAUUAAUUCAUUAUUCGGAUUUUUGGUUCCGUUGUCUGCCCACUUUGGCAUUUUCUCGUUGAUCACUAUACGGUUCAUUCAGGGACUAGGAGAAGGUCCCAUCGUUCCAUGUACGCACGCUUUGCUCGCCAAAUGGAUCCCGCCGAACGAGAGGAGUAGAAUGGGUGCAUUUGUUUACGCAGGGGCUCAAUUUGGAACGGUGAUUUCAAUGCCACUCAGUGGAGUGCUGUCAGAAUAUGGUUUCGCAGGUGGCUGGCCCUCUAUUUUUUACGUGUUUGGAGCAAUAGGAACACUGUGGUCGGUGGCAUUUUUGUUGCUCGUUCAUGAGGAUCCUGAAUCGCAUCCCACCAUACCACACGACGAGAGAAAAUACAUUAUUAGCUCUGUGUGGGGUGCUGCUGGAGUAUCUUCUCCUCCUGUGCCAUGGAGAAGUAUUUUAAAAUCAGCUCCUUUCUGGGCCAUAUUGGUCGCUCAUAUGGGUCAAAAUUACGGAUAUGAAACGCUCAUGACCGAACUGCCGACAUUCAUGAAACAAGUGUUACACUUUAAUAUCAAAGCUAACGGAACAUACUCUUCACUGCCGUACCUUGCUAUGUGGUUAUUCUCAAUGGUUGCAAGCCAUAUAGCCGAUAUGAUGAUCUCCUCUAACAAAUUCUCACACACCAUUACCCGCAAAAUUGUUAACUCUAUCGGUCAGUUUGGUCCAGCAAUAGCAUUAAUUGCUGCAUCUUACACUGGCUGUGAUCCAUAUUUAACAGUUGCCAUUCUAACUGUGGGUGUGGGCUUAAAUGGUGCAAUUUAUUCUGGAUUCAAAGUGAACCAUCUAGACAUAUCGCCACGGUUUGCCGGAAUAUUAAUGAGUUUGACCAACUGCCUCGCUAAUUUAGCCGGAUUAUUAGCCCCGAUCGUCGCUGGAUAUGUUAUUGAUAAAAGACCAACUCAAGCGGCCUGGAGGGUUGUGUUCAUUACUUCAGCUUGCGUUUAUAUAGUAUGUUGUUCUGUUUACAUAAUGUUCGGCGAAGGAACUAGACAACCAUGGGACAACCCGUCCAAUGAUCAUUUGAACAGCAAACAGCACAAAAAAAAACAGAAGGAUAUCGAGGACACCGUCCAGUGAAUAACAGCGACCCGGACGACACGUUUUAAAAUCAAAUUUUCUUCUCUCAGCAAUUCAUUCCCAAAUAAAACUUAACUACUUAUCUACUGUCGUGGACCUCGAUUAAAAAGGAAAAUAUAUAUAUAGCUGUUUGUGUGUGAUUGUGUAGGUUUAAAAAAAUUGGAAGCGCGUCUGUGAAUAGGUUUGAAUAAAAUAAACGGUAUUAUUCUUCGUA